CUGUUGCUGUGACUGUAAGCACCACUAGCUCUGGGACAACCUGGGACAACAGGGAGCCUGUCAGCAGCAUAUGUUCUGUCCGUCUUCAGCCUCCCUACAAACAUGUUCCGGAACCCACGGACCACUAAUUAUCUGAGCCAUGUCAAAUACAGUGUCGGUGGGCAAGGCUUUGGAACUGAGGCUCCAGUCAAACUCUGCACUUCAACCCCAUUUCCAACAGAAACUCUAAGCUUUCAGAACGACUUUUCCUUCGGGGACAAGACCGAGCUGGUCAAGAGUGCCACUGAUAUCGAUGCCAAUCUUCUGUCAGUUCUACCCAAGGUUUCAGAAUUAAAGAAACAUUUUGAAAGCGUUGUCUCGAGUGAUUUAGAAAUGAACAGCAGGAAGGAAAGGAUAGCCAGACGCCUAGAGGGUAUCGAGAGUGAGGCUCCUCUUACCCUGAUACCUAGCUGUGCCGGCCUGGUGGCCAACCGCAUGCUGGAGGAGGACCCGCCACGAUACACCCGGGCCUCAGACCCCUGUGAGCCAAUCAUGGUGAGACGUUACAGCAGAGAGCAGGUGGAGGCCCCACAGAUGCCGGUGUCCUCCCCAGACAGACAGUCUAGGACCCGGGGCAGACCGGGGGACCAUCCUGGACCGGCCGCCCAUCCCCAUGCAGAGCCUGUCCUAUCCCCUUCCGGUGGCCCAGUGGACCCAGCCAGCCUCAGUUCCAAGGCCGAGCGGAUCGCCCGCUACAAAGCAGAGCGCCGGCGCCAGCUCUCUGAGCGUUACGGCAUCCUCUUGGAUCAGGAGAUAGACAUGGACUACAGUCCUCGCUACUCGUGCUCACGUAGAGAGUCUGACGCCUUGGAUAGAGUGGCCCCAGCAGUCACAGAGCGUAGGAGAGACAGAGAUAGAGAAAGACAGGAGGUGGAGGAAGGAGGAGGAGGGCGGGAGAGUUCCCGCAGAACUCCCUACAGCUCUGGAGUGGGCAGGAUCUACAUGCAGGCUCACCCUGCUGAGCCUUCUCCUGGCCACGCUCCUGCCCCAGGUCACGGUCCAGCCCCUGCAGGCCCUACCCAUACUCAAGCCCCUCUGCCAGCCCGGGAGAGGGCCGGCACCUUCUCAGAGCGGGAGAGGAUGAUGAACCUGGAGAACUACCGGCGGGCCCAGGAGAGGACAAUGCCAGGGGGCCUCAGAGGAGCCAGUAACAGGCCCCAUGAUCAUGCCCAGGCCCCCUCCAUCCAGCAGCUCAGCCCUCCUCUAUCCAGGGCCUCCUCCAGAGAAUCCUGCAGCGUGGCGGCCAUCCCCAGCUCCCCUCGUACGGCCCGCCGGGCCUCCCUGCCCUCCACACGCUAUGGCAUCUCCCCCGGGGACCUGUUCAUCGAGCAGCAAGCUCAGGCCAUCCUCAGCAGACAGGGCCUGGCAGUAUUGUCUCAGAGCGACUGGUCUCUCCAGACAGACUCAGAAGAUGAUGCUGCUGGCACUCAGUCUGUCAUCAGUUGGCCUUCCAGAAUCAGAGUAAGAGAGAGAGUAUCGAAAGACGAGAGCGGCGUCCAAAGGGCCCCUGCAGAGCGGGGUCCAGCUCCAGAGCCCCCAGUGAAGAGACACCGAGAUCGUGCUCACACCACCACAGCUCACUACAUGCCCCAACGUGGCCACAGCUCUGACCCUGCCACCUACAAAAGGACUGGCCCCUCCUCUCAGCCCUCCCAACCUGCCUUCGCCCACGUCCCAUACCCCCACGCCUCAGCACCACACACACACACAUCAGGCCCCGCCAUGGGCCACCAGGGUACCCAUCAGGGGAGUCACCAGGGGACCCACAUGGACCCUCAACCUUACCUAGCCAUGCCGGCCCCUGUGGCCACCAAGCUCCCUGGAGCCCCUAUGGUGGAGGUGGAUACUCCAAGGAGGAGGGUGAGCACUGACCACAUCUACACGACCCAGAGGGAGACCCACAGGGAGGGUAGGCAGGCGCUGAGAGAGGAGGUUCACACCGAGGGGCUGCUGAAGAGCCGGAAGGCCGUGCUGCCCUCAGAGAUCCGCCGCAGGGAGAAGAGUGUGGACGACCCCCAGAGAGGGGAGCCCCACCUGGGGCCAGUCAGCCGCCAGGACGACUCCACCACCUCAACCGCCAUGGAGUAUGAGAGCUAUAGGUCUGGGGGGAGGAGAACGAGUCGGGCGGACUCGGAGGAGUGGGAGACUAGGCCCAGGGAGCAGCAGCAGCACUGGUCCAGCCACAGCCAGGACACAAAGGAGACAGGUCCAGUCAGUCGCAUGGAGACCUCCCACUCCCAGCCCAGCCAGCAGCAACAGGCUCCUGAGCCUCUCCAGCAGCAUCCGCACCCCCAGAGUCAGCAGGACCUCCAGGGUCAACACGGCCUGCAGGACCAGCAGCAGGGUGACUCGGCCGUCUACCUCCAGAGGGGUGCCUACCUCCCUCAGGCCAGACACAGGAGCAUGGAGCCAGCCGGGCAGGCUGGGCCCCCCAAGCUCAAGGUCCGCACGCGCUCCAUGUCCGACAUCGGCGUAAGUCAGCGCUCGGCUGCCUAUAGGAGCAUGGAGAGGGCAGCCGCCAGCAGAGAGGCUACCAUGGCAGCCCACCUGGCCAGGGAGGGAGGGGUGGCAGUGGGGGUACUGCCCAAUGGGGAGGUGGGGACCUUGGAUACCAGGGUCUCCGUGGCCCAGCUCCGACACUCAUAUCUGGAGAACGCCAACAGGAAGCCGGAGCUAGAGCCAACUAAAGUAGAGCUUACUGCCAUGGAAGUAGAUCCGGCUGCUGGGAGCGCUGAUCGGGAGCGUGGCACAGCGCGGAGGCCGCGGCGCUACAUCACCCCUGGAGACAUCCGCAAGUCCUCUGAGAGAUUUAGGACGCAGCCCAUAACCACUGCAGAGCGGCUAGAGUCUGAUAGGUCUCGUCUGAGUCCAACCGAGCUACAGAACCCAGGAGCUGACGAAGAGAAGCUUGAUGAGAGAGCUAAGAUGAGUGUGGCUGCUAAGAGGUCACUAUUUAGGGAGCUGGAGAAGACCACAGAUAGCGUCCCCAAACCGCGGUCCCGUAACCCUGCCGUGGAGAGGCGCCUGAGACGAGUCCAGGACCGUGCGCGCACACAGCCUAUCACCAAUGAGGAAGUGGACAUCGCUCACACUGUCUCUGCUCUGUCCUCACAAUCGGUGACGGUCCACACCACAGUAGCACGUAUCCCCAGCCCCACUGUAGUCAGCACCACCAUGACCAGUUACAGCCUGCAGGAGGCAUCGCAGCACGGCUCUAUGGUGCGGAGCAUUGGAGAGCCGGACGGGGAGAAAGAAAGGGAGAGGGAGGCCCAGCCCAAAGGAGAUGGAGCAGGGCCUGGGCCUGACGAGAUAAUGGAGGACCUGGGUCCAGAUGAGCCCGACCUUUCAACUCUCAGCCUUGCAGAGAAGAUGGCCCUGUUCAACCAGCUGUCCAAGCAGCCCUCAAAGCCUGCUGCAGAGGGGGCCGGGGCCUCCAGGGGCGACACCCGUCAGCGCAGAGCCAACAGCCGCUUCCAGACCCAGCCUAUUACCCAGGGAGAGGUGGAUCAGGAGAUAGAUCCUAUGGUUACCUCUCUUCCUCCUCCUCCACCUCCUCCUCCGUUGACUAAGAGAGAACAACUGCAGAACGGAGGAGGAGGGGUCAAGCUGGAGCCGCUGUCUGCCUCUUUGGUCCGCUCCGUGGCAGCCGUCACCUCCCAGGUCUCGGUCGCCACGGUAACCACGGCGACUUCCAGCAGCAGCAACGUCCACCUUGGAAAAUCUACGGCCGUUCCCUACAACCCCCCCACCACCACCCCCGCCACCACCACCCAGGAAAGGGGAGGGGUGAGGUACUUCAGCCUGACCAAGGGCGGUGACUCCUCCGGUUUCCCUGAACCAGAUCUGUUCUCCCCUGGCCCUCCCCUUUCAGAGCAGCAACCGCAGCAGCAGGCUCACAGUAGAAGAGCCGGAGAGAGAGGAGGAGACAGUGGCGGAGCUCCUGGAGCCAGUCGCUCCUCCACUGGCCACAGAGAGAGAGAGGAGGAGGAGGAUGUGUGGGAAGGAGGGGCCAGCAGAGAGGAGAGGGAGAGCUGUGCUAGUAGUGGUGCUGGAGGCAGCAGCAGUAAGGGAAGGCUCCACUCCCCCGACAGGGACAGCAGACAGCAGCACUAUCAGCCCCCAGCCCCAGAGCCCCAGCCGCGGCACACCAACAGUAGCCAGCGGGAGUCCAUCGAGCUUCCCUCUUUGAGGCACGGGAGGGGUGAGUUGCUGGUGGAGCCCAGGCAGCACACAGACAGAGAUAAAUACGGCAGUAGCAGCAGCAUCACCCUGGAGAGGGAAGAGCACGGGAGCUACCUGGGAGAGACACACAUCUCAGAGAGACACACAGAGCUGCAGCACACAGCAGACAGAGAGAGCACACGGAGCAGCAGGAGCAGGGAACUCCUCUCAGACACCGAGCACACCGGUGUGUCAUUGAGGACUGUGACAACAGAGGCAGCGGCCAGGAGUGUCUCUCACACCUCCAGUAACCAGCGGAAACAGCAGCAGAUCCAGUCUUUCACCCAGUCUCCCCCACAAACUGAGCCCCAGCCAUACUCCAAACCUCACCAGCACUUCACCCAGGAACCUCCAGCCCAAUCCCAGCCCAAGCCCCAGGAAAGGGAGAGGAGCUUCACCCAGCCACUACCCAAGCCUUACUCUCAGCUAAUCCCUCACACUCAACCCAGACCCCAGUCCUUAUCCCAGCCUCCUCCUCCCCAGACCGCCCCCCAGACUCUGCCCAAGCCCACGUCCUUCCCUCAGCCGCUGGUCAAGUCUCAGUCCCUGCCUCUGGACCACAGUGACCACAUCACAGGACACAGUGUCUCCGACCUCCUCUCCCCCAGCGAAACAGAACUCUCAGAGAUGUCCUCCAAACAGAUGUCCAUCAAAGAAAGGCUGGCCCUGUUGAAGAAGAGUGGUGAAGAGGACUGGAGGAACAGGAUCAAUAAGAAGCAGGAAGUGGUAAAGGUGGCUGUGACUGAGAGACACUCCACAGUACAAGGACAGGGAUGGGAGGCAGAGCAGACCUACAAGAAGAAGGAGGAAGGGAUGGUUAUUGAUGAGUUCGCUGCUGUCACUGUGUCUGACCAGCUGUGGGAGCCUGUCUUUUCCUCCACAUAUUUUCCUCCAAUCUCCCUUGGCCAUAAGUGCCAAGUUAUUGACCUUCAUAGUCAGAGGAUGGGAGAGGAGAUGGAGAACCAGGCUCAGAUGUCCAUAGAGGAGAGGAAGCAGAUGAUCUCAACACGGGAGGAGUCCUGGGUGUCUAAAGGCAAGGGGGUGGCCAACGACUCCACCCAGUACACUGUGGCUGCACGCAUGGUCAAGAAAGGUCUGGCAGCCUCCUCAGCCAUCAGCCCCAUCCUGUCUCCUGUCUCCACCAAACUCAAGAGCAACGUGCCUGUCAUCAAAGCGCAGGAGGAAAUUGAAGCCAGACCAGAAAUGAACUUGGAGUCAGAUAAAAAGCUGGAUAAAUUGGAGACAUUUUUGGGACGUCUGAACAGUAAAGUGGCAGGUCUUCAGGAGACCACUCUGACCGUGACAGAGAAGGCUGUGAAGGAGGUGAUGAGGAUGGACGAUGAGAUCUUCUCCAAGUUCUACCGUCACGUGGCUGACUUCCCACGCAUGCCCAGCAGGAUCGAGAUCGACGAGGACUUUGAUGCCAUCUUCGGCACUCAGGUGCCCAAGUUGACCUCAGCCAUAGCGCAGCACAAACGAGCAGUGAGACCGUCUAGGAACGUCCAGUCGUCUAAGAACCCUCUGAAGAUGCUGGCGGCCAGGGAGGACAUCAGACACGAGUACACUGAGCAGAGACUCAACAUCGGCCUCAUAGAGAGCAAGAGGAUCAAGGAUGAGAAGAUGAAUAAGACUUCGGAGUACUCGGACGCGGCCCUAGCUGGACUGGCCAGUAAGGAGAACUUCAGCAAUGUGAGUCUGAGGAGCGUCAACAUCUCAGAGCAGAUGUCCAACAACAGCGCUGUGCCGUACAAGAACGUCAUGCUGAUGCAGGUCAAAGGCCGCCGUCACGUCCAGACCAGACUAGUGGAGCCCAGAGCCUCGACCCUGAACAGUGGCGACUGCUUCCUCCUGGUUACUCCUCAACACUGCUUUGUUUGGAUGGGAGAGUUUGCUAAUGUCAUCGAGAAAGCCAAAGCUUCUGAGCUGGCAUUGUUCAUCCAGACUAAGAAGGAUCUGGGCUGCAGAGCGAGCCAGAUCCAGACCAUCGAGGAGGGGGUCAACCCCCAGAGCCCUGCGGCCACAGAGUUCUGGAAGAUCCUGAGAGGAGAGCAAACCUACCAGUCUGCCGGGCCACCGGAGGAGGAUGAGCUGUUUGAGAGUGCCAUAGUGGAGACAAACUGUAUCUUCCGUCUGCUGGAUGACAAGCUGGUUCCUGAUGACGACCAAUGGGGGAAGGUUCCUCACAGCACACUGCUGGAGUCCAAAGAGGUGUUGGUGUUUGACUUUGGCAGUGAGGUGUAUGUGUGGCACGGUAAGGAGGUGACUCUGGCCCAGAGGAAAGUAGCCUUCCAGCUGGCUAAACACCUGUGGAAUGGAACCUUUGACUACACCUGCUGUGACAUCAACCCUCUAGACCCUGGAGGAUGCAAUACACUCAUACCCAGGAAGGGCCAGGGGCGUCCUGACUGGGCCAUAUUCGGCAGGCUGACCGAGCACAAUGAGACUACCCUGUUCAAAGAGAAGUUCCUGGACUGGGCAGACACUAAGAAACCACAACCAAAGAACACCAAUGAGCAAGUCAGUGAGCAGAAGGAGACGCCGGGGCGGGAGUGCAGGCCGUAUGAUGCAGCAUUGAUGCUGCCUGUACUCCAGACAGCAGUCAGCACUGUGCUGGAUGGGAUGAACGUGGGCCGAGGCCACGGCUCUAUAGAAGGAGAGGACAGGAUGAGGACUCUAGAGAUCAGCACGGUGUCGGUGGAUGUCUGGCACAUCCUGGAGUUUGACUACAGCCGGCUACCCAAGCAGAGUAUAGGCCAGUUCCAUGAGGGGGACGCGUACGUUGUGAAGUGGAAGUACAUGGUGAGCGCAGCAGUUGGGAGGAGGCAGAACCCGGAGCUGAGGAGCGCGGGCCCUGGCAAAGAAAAGUGCUGCUACUUCUUCUGGCAGGGACGGAACUCCACCGUGAGCGAGAAAGGAACGUCGGCACUGAUGACAGUGGAGCUGGAUGAGGAGAGAGGGGCACAGGUCCAGGUACAGCAGGGGAAGGAGCUCCCUUGUUUCCUCCAGUGUUUCAACGGGGGGAUGAUCAUACACUGUGGGAAGAGAGAGGAGGAAGAGGAGAACACACAGACUGAUUGGCGUCUGUACUGCGUGCGAGGGGAUGUCCCUGUAGAGGGCCACCUCCUGGAGGUAGUGUGUCACUGCAGCAGCCUGCGCUCCAGGAGCUCCAUGAUCCUCCUGAAUGUCAACAAGGCCCUCAUUUACCUGUGGCACGGCUGCAAGGCCCAGCAACGCACUCGCCUGGUGGGCCUCACCACCGCACAGAGGGUCAAAGAACAAUGUCCAUUGGAGGCGGGGCUCCAUAGCAGCAGUAAGGUGACCAUCACCGAGUGUGACGAGGGAUCAGAGCCCACUGGAUUCUGGGAUGCGGUCGGUAGGAAAGACAGGAAGGCCUACGACUGUAUGUUGCAAGAUCCGGGUAAAUUUAACUUCACCCCUCGGCUGUUCCAGCUGAGCAGUUCUUCAGGGGAGUUUGUAGCCACAGAGUUCUACCACCCCUCCAGAGUUCCAGACUUGGUCAGCUCUCUGCCCUUCCUUCAGGAGGACCUGUACCAAGCCUCCCAGCCUGCGUUGUUCCUGGUGGAUAACUUCCAUGAGGUGUACCUGUGGCAGGGCUGGUGGCCCCGGGACAGCGAGAGCCCCGGCUCCGCCAGGAUACGAUGGGACAUGGACAGGAAGUGCGCCAUGGAAACGGUGCUGCGGUACUGCAGAGAGAAGAAUGAGAAGAAGCCUCAGAAGUCGUACCUGAUCCAUGCUGGUCUGGAGCCUCUCACAUUUACCAACAUGUUUCCCAGCUGGGAGCACAGAGAGGACAUCGCAGAGAUCACUGAGAGGGAGGCGGAGGUGUGUAACCAGAUCAUCCUGGUGGAAGAUGUGCUGGCCAGGCUGUGCCAGAACACCUAUCCCCUGGCUGAGCUGCUGGCACGUCCCCUACCUGGGGGCGUCGACCCCCUCCGCCUGGAGAUCUACCUAUCAGACCAGGACUUUGAAAAAGCAUUGGACAUGAAGAGAGAGGAGUACGAAGGAUUACCAGGGUGGAAGCAAGUGAACUUAAAGAAAGCCAAAGGACUGUUUUAGUGUAAAGCUAAGCUGAUGAGGAGUGUGGAGAGAAAUUAAAUUCAGCAAGUCUUGGACGACAGUGGAAGUUAAUAGAAAUGCUGCUUUAUUGUUAUAACCAACGUGUUUUUGGCUCCUAGCCUUCAUCAGGUUGGUUGUGGAGAGAGAGAGGACACAGAGACUGUUGACAUGGAGGCCACCAAGCUGUCCCCCUCAGCACUUCCUUCCCAGUGGUGUGACUGAACCCCAGUAGUGGCUGGUGGUACUUUAAAAUCAGUGGAUGGGCUCAUCAUUUCAAUUGAAUGGAAUCAUUGGAAAGGUAUCAAACUCAUGGUUUCCAAGUGUUUGUUACAAUUCCAGUCAUUAUUAUGAGAUAUCCACCCCUCACCCGUUUCCUCUGCUGAACACACUCUCAGGGACAGCUUCUUUGAGUGGGUCACAGGGAGGGAGGGGGGCUGGGGUGGAGGAUCUGCUGAGGUGUGCUAGCGUCAUGUAGCAUAUUGUUUUUACCUUUCAGUUAUGUAACUAUGUAGGAAAAUGAAAAUUCUGCUAAGCACAUUGUAUGCGAGUGGCUUUAUCAGGUACUGUACAACGCAGGACCUGCACUCACUCUCUCUUUCUCUCUCUGCUUCAAACUGUACUUACAAGUCUCCACUUAUUAUGACACCGCUCAUGCCAUAUGAAGUGACGAGGAAAUUCAGCAACUCUUCAAGGACAGUGGAAGUUGAUAAAAAGGCUGGUUUAUUGUUGAAAUAAACCAACAGGUUUAAAUUGGUUGGUAGCCUUCAUCAGGGUUUAACAGAUAAAAGAACAAUGGAGGGCAGAGUUUCAUACCAUGGACAUACACACUGAUGUGGUCUCUGGGUGUGAUGUUUUAACUGUUGUGUGUGUGUGUGUGUGUUUGUGAAGUAUUUAGAAGAAUUUGUAUUUAUGUAAAAAAAAAAAAAAAAAUGUUAGAAGGACAAUGUAUUCAACUUGAAAGUACUGUGUAAUAUCUGUCAGUAGGAGUGGGUUUUUGUUUCUUGUCAAAAGGUGUAAACAUGCCAAGUAUGUACCUUUUUUGUUUUGCGUUCUCAAAUAUGGUACCUGCCUGGGGCUGUCAUAAUGACAUCUAACCUUUACAGGUACCUGAGAAAUGACAAACAGUUGUAUUUUUAAAGGCAUGGAAUUCUUUGUGAAAAACACUUGGAUGUUGAAUGUAUAGUGCCUUGCUUUUGUGUACAGUUUAUAUACAGAAAUUCUAGUCUGCAUUUCGAAGACUUUCUUUGUGAUAAAAUAAAUAGUAAAUAAACAACAAAUCCCCAAAUCCAAAUAGAUUGUUAGUUUGUAUUCAUUUGAGUGAAUCUCAAUUGUAUUUUCUUGAAUACACACAUUCUCCCUCCUCGUCACUUUUUCCAAAAUCCCAUUUGAGUAGAAGAUCUGUGGUUCCUCCGCUCUGACCUUCUCCUGAAAAGACAUUGGAGGAUGAGACGAAGAGAGGACGCAAGGAAUCUAGGGGAGAUUCUCAAUUGGGGAAACAGUCUGUCCUCGACUCUUCCGUCGUCCUCUCCUCUGUGACCCGGAAACCGAUGUGGUCGAGUGGUAGAGGAGAGUGUCAAUUCGUUAGUAGUUGAACAGGAGAGUAUGCUUCCCUCCUCUAUUACCUAGUUCAGCAGAGGAUGCACAAAAUAAUCCUACCAGGACCUAGCGCAGAAGUGAAGUAAAAUCCACCACAUCCCCUUUGUAUCAGCUGUUGUUUUUUCUCAGAAGAGGAAAGCAUGCACACAUUUAAAAACAUUUUUUUUUAUAUAAAAUGUCUCGCACAACUAGCUAACACGUUACACUUUUAUUUUGGGAUUCCAACCCUGUAAACAUAAUUUGCCUGAUGAUAUGCAAGAGUCUCAUUUUUUUGUUUCCAUGUUCCCUCUCCUCGCCACCUCUGGAGCAAAACCAACAGAUUCUCCCUAGGAAAUACAAUUGAGAUUCACUCUAAAACUUGCUUGACUUUGUAGCGGUUUGUCUUAUGCCCAGCAGAUGGUGCUCUUUGUCCUAACAUCCCUUAAAGUCCCAUGCAGUCUUUUUUUUAAAUGAUCUCUGUAUGUCUAAUAAAUCCCUGUGUAUGUUUAUUUUAUGAAAAUAACUACAAAUAUAUUUUUUAUAAUUUUUUUCCCUGAGCCUCCUUUUGCCAUUGAAAUAAAUGCACAGCCUGAUCGUGUGGGCAUGUUGAUAGAAAUUGAAAUAUAUUUACAUACACAGCCCUGAUUGGCGAAUAAGAUCGUCUAGUCUAGAGCCUACCCUGCUUACCCCUUCAAAGUAGGAGGAUACAUGUGCAAAUAAAAGAUGACUGGUCAGAAUA